UAACGAACGACUAGGUUGGCUCGCUCCCGCUCGCCAUAUAUACACACCAAAUACAGGUGCAGAAUAAUAGGAAAGGAAGGAUGUAGAUGACAGGUGAACCAGUGGCCUUCUGGACUAUAUCCCAUCGCCAACCGGGGGCGGGCUCCUGGACGACCACUGGACCACCCAUAGACAGAAGAAUGACAUAAUAACUGAGUAAGUCCUAUCGUUUGUGAGACGAACGAACAUUGGAGAAGUGAGAUGUUGAGUAACAGACACACAGAAGGACAGACAGACAGACUACUGUACCAGAGCAUACCGUAAACUUAAGCGCUGCGCCGCUCUAAGUACGGACAGUCCCGUAUUCUGGAGCCCGAACAGAGACUCCGGAUGUGACGUCACGUUCAAUUAUCUCUUUUUUUGUGCAAAUAUCUGAAAUAGUAAAAAUCCAAGAAAACGAGAAACAAGUGUAGGAGUGGGUGGUUAAAGUUAAAAGAAAGAAAAACAAUUAUCUCACCCACUUUACGCGCGUGCCAUGCGUAUAUACUUUUGCAUUCACUGGUCAUUCUGCUGCUUGCUGCAUGCUGCGGUCGAUUCCUCAUGCGCGCAUGCGUAAUCCUGCCCAAUUUCUGCCACACCCCUUUCACGCGCGCCGAGACGAGAUGGCGUCCCCGUCUGGGGACUCGUGCGGCACUCUUUCGGACUCAGAAGAAAUGGGGUACGAAGAGGAUAUUGAAGGGAAACUGGAAUCAUCUUGUGACAGUAGACAGGUUUAUUUGCCUGGACAGGAUGAGUGUCAGCCGGAGGAGAUGGAUCACGAGAGUUCAGCAUAUCAUAUGCUUCACACUGCUCAAAGUGGUGCUCCGUGUCUCAGCUUUGACAUUAUAAGAGAUUCCCUUGGUGAUGGUCGCACAAGUUUUCCUCUUACUUGUUACGUAAUGGGAGGUACCCAGGCACAACCUGGUCGGCAGAACUUCAUUGUCCUCAUGAAACUGUACAAUCUCGUCAGGACACUGGUUGAGGAUGGAGAAGAUGACGAUGAAGACGAUGGGGAGGAAGGUCCUCAGAUGGAGUCUGUCAUGAUCCAACAUACUGGGGCUGUCAAUAGACUUAGGGUAGCUGAAGGUGUUCAAAGAAAUUUAGUGGCAACAUGGUCUGAGCAAGGGACUGUGAGUGUGUGGGACACUUCUCGUCAUGUGAUACUACUGGACAGCCCUAGUGUGGGUGGUGCUGAGGCAUCUGCUGCCUGCCUGAGAGGACACCAAGAGGACCCUCUCUAUGCCUUCUCUGGGCACCAGACAGAGGGCUACGGGCUGGCCUGGUCUCCCACCUUCCCUGGCAGACUUGCUACUGGAGACUGCACUAAGAACAUCUACAUUUGGGAGCCCAAAGAAGAAGGGGUGUGGCAGGUUGGACCUAACCCGCUAGUUGGACAUACAAAUUCAGUGGAGGAUAUUCAGUGGAGUCCCAAUGAGCCUAGUGUGCUGGCCACAUGCUCAGUGGACCAGACGGUGCGUAUUUGGGACUGCCGGGCCAAGGCUGAAAAGGCGUGCAUGCUCACCACAAAUGCUCACAACACUGAUGUCAACGUUAUCUCAUGGAACCAUUCAGAACCUCUGCUGGUGUCUGGAGCUGAUGAUGGCUCUCUAAAGAUAUGGGACCUGCGCCAGUUUGGCAAGGGAGAAGCUUCUGCAGAGUUCCAGUACCACUCUGGUCCUGUGACCAGUGUGGAGUGGGCGUGGCAUGACUCCACUGUGUUUGCUUCGUCAGGAGCGGACCACCAGGUGAUGUGUGAAAACAGGGUCAAGAUGUGGUUCAGGCAGUGUGUGUAUUGGUAUACUGCAGGUGGUGCAGUGGGACUUGGCAGUGGAGAGGGACGGAGGAAAUGAUGAGGUGGAGGGGGUUCCUCCUCAGCUCCUGUUCAUCCACCAGGGACAGAGGGAGCUAAAAGAACUCCACUGGCAUCCUCAGCUUCCUGGGGUGCUAAUUACUACUGCUCUCUCAGGAUUCAAUAUAUUUCGAACUAUCAGUGUCUAGUAUGAGCAGACUUCAACAUAACCUUUGCACCCGGGUCAUCUGCGUGCGCGCGCAGGCAACUGGGGCGCUCGUGCCUCGUUCCCAGGCAACGGAGCCAGAGAUGACUUCUUAUUGCUGCUGGCCAUGAUAUUUAGAUUGCGCUGCUGUUCCUCACGGUGUGACAUGUAAGAGUAG